AUGGCGCAACAGCAAAAGCCGCUUUCCCAGGUUCUGCCUCCCCUCAUCCUGGGGACGGCUACGUUUAAUUACCAAUACAACGACGAUCCCUCGCGAAUGCCGUAUAUUGAUAUUGUUCGAAAGGCACUAGAGCAUAAUAUCGCAGCUUUUGAUACCUCGCCGUACUACGGGUCGUCCGAAGUUCUGCUCGGUGAUGCACUCCGAACCUUGACUCCGCCGCCGUCACGAGAUAGUUACUUUCUCAUUACAAAGGCUGGCCGAAUUGCGGGCAACGAGUUUGAUUAUUCACCUGCCUGGAUUCGAUAUAGUAUUUGUCGUAGUCUUGAGCGCUUGAAUACACAAUAUCUCGACCUUGUCUACACCCAUGAUGUGGAAUUUGUAUCUCCAACAGAGGUCUUGGAAGCUGUCCAGGAGCUGCGAAGUUUGCGAGAUCAGGGUCUAGUGCGCUAUGUGGGAAUCAGCGGGUAUCCUGUGGAAGUCUUGGCGUCGCUUGCAGAUAUGAUUUUGCAACAGACUGGUGAGCCGCUGGAUGCUGUCAUGUCCUACUCCCACUUCUGUAUUCAAAAUAACCAACUAGGACGACUGGAUAUUCUUGAACGAUUCCACAAGGCUGGCGUUGACUGUAUUCCUAAUGCUAGCAUGCUGGGAAUGGGCUUGAUAACAACAAGAGGAGCUAAUAACGGCCCCAUGGCGUCCUGGCAUCCUGCACCGCCACAACUUCGAGCCGCUUGUAACAGCUUAGCCGAGAUCGCGUCUAAGGCAGGAGAGCAUCUCGAAGAGGUUGCCAUUCGCUGGGCUCUGGAAAAUUGGGCCCAUGUUGGUAGCCAAUUUGGCUCAGUUGCCUAUCCGCCAGAACUUCUAUUAGAAGCAAGAGUGGACGAAACUGGCUCUCCCGCUCGUAUCGGCGUUAGCGUAAUGGGGGUAUCCAACGUCAACGAGCUCGAAGAGACGUGGGCAUUGUGGAAGAGUGUUAUUGGACUCAAGAACGAAGCUAAUGAACGCGCGGUGGAGAGAAGAGACAGAAUUAAUCGGCUUAUUAAGGAUCAAAUGUGGCCAAAGUUAGGACUAUGGAAAGAUUACUCGUGGCAGAGUGGUGGUGAGACGUUCACGAAUAUGAGGCAGAUAAAAGGUGCUAUUCCCAUCGACACAGUUGCUCAGCGAUGGGGUUUGGUACCCAAGAAGUUUUAG